CUCUCUCUCUCUCUCUCGUUGCCCGUUACGAAGCCGUAUGCAGUUUGGGGUGGAGGUGGGGUGGGCAGAGCCGGCUGACUCGAUCGAAGGGAAAGGAGACGGGAGAACUGCGCGGGCAGGAAGGAUGUGCUCAUUGCUGCAGCUUCUGAUUCAAUUAGCAUGAAUUUCACAGYGAAGGCAGCAGCAGCAGCAGCAGCAUCGUCAGACUGUCUCAGGCAGCCAGCAGCAGCAGGACUCUGUGUUGGAGCAUCAUCGGAGGAACCSGUGGUUUCUUCCCAUCCAGUCCCCUUGGAAGGCAGUGUUUGAAGAGCGAGUGGAAAACGGAUUCUCAGYACCACCAAGUCAGACGGAGCUUGUUUGCCAGUCUUGGAAUGGGAGGACUGUUACCAUGAACUGAACGCCAAGCACUCUAAUGCUUUGGUUAUGGUUUAAAUCCUGUUAAGCUGUCUUCUUGGUGCUGCUCUGCGUUGUAUGACCCAUAUUGAUUUGUUUUGUCAGAAUAAACGGGACGGAUUUCAGCACUUGGAAAUAACCAAUAUUUUUUUCUCCUCCUUUUUGAUGUUCCCUUUUUCCCCCACCUUGAAGACCUUUAUUCUUUUCUUUAUUCUGUUCCUUCUCUCAGCUGCCAUUUGAGACCUCCUUUAGGUUUCCGAAGCCCCAAAACAGGAUUUGACUGCUCCUUCAUCGCAGCACUGUUGUUCCCGCUCUUGUUUGUUUGCCUCUCCCUUUUUGCACAUUCUGAUCUAUGUUCUCAGUCGUCCACUUUUUUGUUUAAGUUGUGCCCAAAACAGCCUGGGAGGGAUGGCAGGAGUCUGUUGCUUCAUGAUGGGAGCCUGGCGUAUGGGUGGAGAAGCCCUCUGAAAAAGGAAAUCCUGUCGAACAAUUAACGCAAAGAGCCCCUGCGCAGGAUAUUUUUCAAAGAGCUAAGAUAAAGCCUUGCGAUUGUGAAAUUAUUGCUGCUAAGUUCUUAGGUGCUGAGAAAGUUUUUGUUUUUGUUGUUUUUUGUUAAACAAAAAGCUUAGGUUUCAAAUUAAAGGGUUCUAUAUGAGGAAUUGGAAUUUGAUUUUGAAGGAUUAAGGAGCUUUUGGAUAUCAACACUUGACUGCUGGAGAUUUUUUUUGGUUGGUCUUUCCUUUUAAAAGGGAUCUUGAUUUUUUUCUUCACUGAUCGUUUUUGGGAUUUUCAAUCAAGGAUCUGUUUUUUUUUUUUCUUCUUCUUCGUCUCCCUUGGCUUAUUUUAUUCGUUUAAUUUUUUUUUUCCUUCCUGGGCUGGAAAACUUGGGAUCAUGGGCCCUGGAUUCAUUUGAGAUGUUCACUUCCUGUUUGUGUCGCAUGAGGGGGAGAGGCUUUUCGUUCCUUUCAGGCCCCGCCCCCAUGGAGCAGGAGGUGGAAGUGGAGGUGGACGAAGGGCUGCUACUGGGGUCCAGGCCAGCGGCGGCAUCGCCGGUGGUUUGGGCCAGUCCGGCCUUCCUGUUCAGGCUGGUGCUGUCUCUGGCCCUGCUGGUGUUCCCAUGCCCAGCUGUGGCUGCCAGAGUUUCCUCCUCCCUCAGCACCACCCACCACGUCCACCACUUCCAUAACAAACAUGGCACUGCGCCCAUUGCCAUCAACCGGAUGCCCUUUCUUACACGUGGGGGUCAUG